UAGCUUCAGCACCCAUGGCAAACCGUUUAUGCUGGUAUGAUGUCCCACCCCCCAAGCAGAAGACUGACUGCCCAGCAGAGCCACUUGCACACCGAUCCGCGUCAUGGAGGCCAUAUGGCUCUACCAGUUCCGGCUGAUCGUCAUUGGGGACUCCACAGUGGGCAAGUCGUGUCUGAUCCGACGGUUCACGGAAGGCCGCUUCGCUCAGGUGUCCGACCCCACUGUAGGUGUGGACUUCUUCUCCCGGCUGGUGGAGAUCGAAACAGGCAAGCGAAUCAAGCUGCAGAUCUGGGACACAGCAGGUCAAGAGCGCUUCAGGUCCAUUACCAGAGCUUACUACCGUAACUCUGUAGGUGGGCUCCUUCUCUUUGACAUAACCAACCGCCGAUCCUUUCAAAACGUUCACGACUGGCUGGAGGAGGCUCGCAGUCAUGUGCAGCCACAUACCAUCGUCUUCAUGCUGGUGGGCCACAAGUGUGACCUGGAAACACAGCGACAGGUGACCCAGCAAGAAGCAGAGAAGCUCUCAGGGGCGUAUGGGAUGCGCUACAUUGAAACCUCCGCCCGUGACGCCAUCAAUGUGGAACAUGCCUUCACGGAACUGACCAGAGACAUCUUUGACUUGGUGCGGUCUGGUGACAUCACAAUCCAGGAAGGGUGGGAGGGUGUGAAGAGCGGGUUUGUGCCCAACGUGGUCCACUCUUCAGAGGAGGUGACCAAAAGCGACCGGCGCUGUUUAUGCUGAUCUGGAAAGAGUUUCGUGAAUGAAAGUAGAAGUCCAUGCAGGAAUGAAAGAAGCGGGGGGAGGCUGAGGCCUCCUGACUGAAAUUGUGGUUUUUCCUUCAAAGCGAGAUCAAAUUUUUUGUCAGGCUUAUUCCAGAACACCAUCAGCAGGGAGGAAUCACAACAAAGGACUGAUCCAAAUUCUGUUAAGUCUUUUCUAACAAUGGGAUGGCAGAUGCACAGUUAGGGGGCUCUUAUAAUUCCAACCUGUUGGAUUUGCUCCCGGCAUUUCUCUCAAAGGCCUUAGAAAGAGAAUCCUUUCUGGUUCUGUUUCACAUGAUUGCUUUUGUUUUUCUGUCUUGUUCGGUAUUAUAACCUCCCCUCAUUUAUUGCCUCUCAAUAUGCAAUUACGUUACUAUAUAGUUAGACCUUUUUACAUGUAAAACCCUCAUAUUCAGCAAGCUUGAACUUAUAAUAAGAAAGCACCUUAACAGUAAAGCUGAGUUGAAAUACUGAGUCUCACUGGGGAUGUCUGAGGGGUGUAAAUAA